GGUUGAACUCAGCCCAGGCCACUCACCUGGAGGUCUCUUGAGUCGGCAGCCGAGGCUUCGCAAGCCCCUGGUCGUCGGUGUAGACACUUAAACUACUGGCCGUCAAUGCGUGGGCUGAAAGCCUGACCUGUGCGUGAGGCCUGUCGCCGAGGACCGGGCGUGAUGGACGCCUGCAGCGAGACGGCAACGGUGGAAGCUCCAGGUGCAGCUGCAGGGUAUAUAGUGCAUCAGGGAGUCGGGGCUGCCAACGAAGCUCCGCACGGCGGGAUGGACCCGUCACACGACUCGCCGAACCCCAACACGUGUAGCCCUGCGCACACCGUGGAUGGGCGAGUAGAUAAAGUUGCUUGUACAGCAGUCGCUGCCGGGCAACACGCAGCCUCCGGCGGCUCCGCGCCAUGCAACACCGCAGCCGUUUUUGGCGCGACUUGUGGCAUCAGCUGCGACGACGAGACGCUAAGCGGGCACGCAAAUGCGUCGGCACUUCCACCCAGCCCGCCGCACUGCAGCAGCGUGGCGCAACUUUUACCUCGGGCCACGCCCGGCCGGGCCGUCACGGUCACGGCGUCGCCGAGCGCGCUGGGUGCACGGCGUCAGAACAGCAGCCUUGCAGCUGCUGCGGCAUCAGUCUUGUGUGCGACCGCUGGCGCUGGAGCGGGCACACUUCUCGGGAGUAGCCGGGCGGCAGGCGCACCACCAGCCGUGCUCAGCGUGCAGACGGAACUGCAGCAGGAUGACUUUGAGAGCCGCCUCCUGGAAGCGGCCGCCGCGGCUGAUGCCGCCGCAGCAGCCGCAGCAGUGAAAGCCACAUCCAAUUCCAGCAGCCUAAAAUUCUGGGGCUUGGGCGCGGCCCCAUACGGCAGCCGAGGGGCGGCAGCAGCGGACCCGCUUGACACAGGUGCACUGAGCAGCAGCAGUCUCCGGCGCCAGGGAACCGCCACGCCACCGGUGCCGCCCACGAGCGCGUUCGCGGCGGUGCCGUCCACCAAAGGCGCAAACGCAGGCGUGGUGGGCUCCCGGGCCUCGCGCUCAACCGGGGCCGGCCUCGCCGCCCCUCUGCCCCUACCGCUUUCACACGCGCCCCACCAGAUGCAGUUCACCGGCGCACUGGCACAGCCCGUGGUGCAACGCCCCCUCAGCAACCAGCACCAGCACCUGCACCAACACCAGUAUCAGCAGCAGCAGCAGCAGCAGCAGCAGCAGGUGCCGCCGCCGGGACGUCGCCAGCCGCAGAAGUGCCAGGAACCCCGAGCCAUGGCUGCGGCGGCUGGGCGCUCUGGUGCAGCCUCACCGCCGCCCAGGGCCGCCGCGGUCGCUUCACCUUCUACCGCCGCCGCCUCUGCGCUUCAGGCGCCGGGCGCGGGCGCGGUACGGUCCAAGGGUGUGCUGUCGCCCAAGGUGCCCAUCAUCAUGCCGCGCCAGUUCGCGGAGCGCGUCAUGGACCCAGCCACAAUGCUGCAGCACGGCAUCGCCGUCGUCGUGCGCCGCCUGGGGCCGCUGCCGCCGCCGCCGCCGCCGCCGCACCCAGGAGCCCCAGGCGCCGACGCCGCUGGUGGUGCCGGCGUAGGCGGCGGUGUGGUGCAGGACCCGGCAGCGUUGGCGGCUGCCGCCGCCACGCCUGCCGGUGUGGAUGCGGUGUUGGACGUGGUGCUAGCGGCGCAGGUGGAGCAGUUCUUCCACGCGCAGGGCUACAGCCAGUACCGAGUGCUGGGACUCAAGGAGAUUUCGUGCGGCUACCACAACUGGCGCAUUGAGAUGUGGGAGGCGCUGGGCGACCGCGUAGUCAGGCUCACCAUCUCCGCACCGGCACAAGCCGCCAAGUCCGCCUCGCCCUCGGCGUCACUGCAUCUGGUGCCUGCCCUGCCUGCUCCUCCGCCCGCAUCCGCACCUGCAAUGGCGCACGUGUCGGCGAAGGCAGCAGCCGCGCCCCCUGUGACGGCCCCGUCGGCAAGCGGCGGCCUCGGCUACCGCACCGUCAGUGGCAGCGACCUGGGCGGCCAAGGUGAUGGCGGCGGCUUGCUGGGUGCCGGCGCAAUGCGACUGGUGACUGCGGGCUCCGCGCCUCUGCUGCUAUCCAGCGCGGCGCGGCGGCCGGGGAUGCCGGUGGCCCCGCGGCCGGGCGGCAGGUUCAGUGGCGCAGCCGGCCGUGGCGCGGGACGGCGGCCGGGCCUGUCGCUGCCCGCGUCCCUGGAUGCCGCGAUUGCGGAACACACGGCAAAGCAGUCGCUAGGCCUGGAGUGCAUGGAGGAAGACGUGGGCGCCGGCGAGGAGCUGGGGCCGGCCCACGCCCUGGCCUCUGGCGCCGGCGCCGUGAGCAGCGGCGCACAGCUCCUCGCCGCCGCCGCCGCGGCGGCCGCCGCCGCCACUGGAGCCCCUGCCGCCGCCGGCCGCCGGGGUUCCCUCGACCGCACGGCUGCCAGGGCGGCGCGGCCUGUGUCCUCCAGCGCUGUCGCGGAGCUGAAGGCUGCAGAGUACUGGCACCAGCCGCAGCACGUGCAGAAGCAGCAGCAGCCCACACGUGGCGGUCGCAAGCGGCAGCACAUGGAAUUUGAUCGGGCGGGCGGCGACCGGGCGGUGGUGGACGACAGUGGCGACGAGGAGGAGGAGUCGGUGCGGGGAUCGUGGCAGCGGACCAGCGGCAGUGGUAUGGCCGGCGGCGGUGUGAAGCAGCGGCGCCACAGCUGCAAUGGCACGGGGCGGACGUCCUUGGACGCCGGGCGCCCUCGUGAACUGCCGCCCCGUGCUCCCCGGCGCGGCGGCCGCACCUGGGGCGGCAUGGGCGGAGGCGCAAUGGCUGGCGGCGGCGACGGUGGCGCGGGCACUGCAUUUGGCGGCUACAGCAGCCUGCCGGCGGAGGACAUGCCGCCAGAGCUGGCCGGCGCACUGGCGUCCUCGCCGCACCCCUGCCGCAAGGGCGGCGCCACCGUGUUGAGCCCCGAGCACUUCAUCCACCUGCCCCGCCUGUUCUUCCAAGAUAACUUCGACACAGCAGCCGUGCUGGCGGGCGGGCUACGUGUGCAGGUCCAGGCGGGCGGUGUGCUGGACGGCACCGUGUCCUCCGCCUCCGUGGCCUCCUACCAGAACCACACCGGCUACCGCUACUACCGCCUGCUGGGCUUUAAGGACGUGCCGCGCCGAUACGCCGGCUGGCGAGUGGCGGCCUGGGACAAGGUGGGCCCGGACGCAGUGCGGGUGCGCCUGGCGCCGCCGCUGGGCGUGCCGCUGGGCACUGCGCUGGCGCGCGCGGCGGCGCUGGGUGCGGCGGUGGGCGGCGCCGCCAUGACGGCGGGCGGCAGCGCGUAUGCGGAGCUGGGUUUGGGAGCAGCGGGCGUUGUUGGAGGGGAGGAGAGUGAUGCGGAGGAGGCGGAGGUUCAACCGCGGCUGCGGCGAAGGCGAACGGCGCAGGGCAUGGUCAGCGGCAGCGGCGGCGGCGAUGGCGGCUGGCCUACCGGCAAUGAUGAGGACGCUGCUGCGGCUGCGGGCCUUGCAAUGAUCAUGAGCGCGGCGGCGGCGGCGGGUGCGCACAGGCAGCAGCGGCCGCAGCGCGGUGCUGUGGCUUUGGACGUGCCCCCCAGUGCCUGGGAAACCGCCGAGGUGGACGAGGCCCUGCCGCUGCAGCGCCCCAGCGGCUGGCGCCACGCCACGGCUGCGGCGGCCGCAGACCACACGGAAGACGAGGACGACGGCGCUGGGGAGGAGCAACAAUACCACCAGCACCACGCGUACACGACUUCGGAGCAGGACGAGGACGGCUCCGAAGACGACGGGUACCAUUACGGCGUGGGGGCAGCGGGCCGGCGCACCAGCGGCCUGCUGCGCACACGCGGCGGCGGUGCGGCGGCUGCUAGGCGGGACCCCGAGUACCAGCCGCCUCGCGCUGGCGCCGCUCGCGGUGCGGCCGGCAUCGGCGCCGCUGCUGCCGCCGCACCUGCGACACGCCAGCCGCCCAGCCCGACAGCCAUCACAGCUGCAGCCGCCGCUACAGGCACGCCCUGCCCCACCUCGGCCGCUGGCGCUGCCGCCGCCGUAUCUGCCUCCACGCCCAACGCGGCCGAGGUCCGGCGCAUCAUGGAGGCGGGCGUGGCAGCGGCGGUGGCUCGGCUGUCUGUGCCCGCCAGCCGUGUGCGCAGUGUGGUGAGCCAGAACCAGUCUGUGUUGCGGCCGGACAAGGGCCGUGUGUACCUGCAAAAGCCCUUCGUGGAGUCCUCGCUGGCCGUGACCGCCACGCCGCUGGCUGUGCAGGUUCUCAUCAACGCGGGCGGGCGGGUUGACGCCGCCACCUACCCCACCAAGGUGACGCUGUCGAGCAGCGGCGCCCACGGCAAGGCCGAGUACCUGCUGCGCCUCACGGCGCCCAUGAAGCACGCCCACACCGGCCAGGUCAUUGUGGGCUGGUCCGCCCUCGGCCGCCAGCAGCUGCUCAUGCAUCUCGCCACCGGCACACCGCAGCCGCACCCGCCGCAGCAGCAGCAGGACCAGGCGCAGGACCUGCCGCAGGCGCAGGACCAAGGCACGCCGCCCCCGCCGGGCCGGGUUUCGGCCAUCAGCGGCGUGCAGGCUGCCGCCGGCGACGCUCUCGCUGUUCGCGGGGCAGCGCCGGUCCGUCAGUUCCGAGGGACAGGGUCUGCAUCCAAUGCCGAGGACGGCGAGGGCGGUCUUGACGGGGACGCCUCUGCGUGCCAGGCGGUCGCGGAGGAGGCCGAGGGAAGGAAUGCCGCGCGGGCGUCGCCGCGGGCCCAGGCUGCCAGCCAGGAGCCGCAGCCGCGCGCAUCGCCGGGCUGGAGUGCCCAUCCGCCCACCGCCGACGCUGCCCCGCUACCGCGCCUGCCGCCGCACCUGCAGUACCGGCAGCGGUACCGCACGGCUGGCGGCCCCGCGGCAGCACUGCACUCCGGCGCCGCAGCCGGCAGCGACGCCGAAGCCGACACAGCUCUGCCACCUGCCAUGGCCCCAGUGGCGGCGGGCGAUGUGGCUGCGAUGUGCAGCAGCGGCGACGAUGAGCCGUCUCCGCUGCUGGGCAUUUCCAUGCAAGCGACUCGGCGGGCGCGCAGCCGCACCGGCCAGCGCCCCCGCGCCGCGGGAUCCUGGUCGCACCCGACCUGCGGUCCGCAGCUGCUCGCCUUGGCCCCCGCAUCAGCCGCGGCUGCGGCUGCGGCGUCUACUGACGGCGCAGCAGAGAGCGACGGCAGCGGCAGCGGCUUCACCCCAGGAGGCCAGCGACCGAUGCAGCUGGGCCGCUACCACAGGUCGCGGCUGCUGGCGGCGGCCGCCGCCCGCAGCCGUCCGGCCACUGCCGCCCCAGCAGGCGCAGCCGAUAGCGCCGAUGCCUCGGAGGGCGCGGCGAACGUGGACCGAACACCGCACCACAGCCGCAACCCCUCGCUGCCCGAGUCGCUGCUGCACGCCGCGGAGCAGCUGCUGCACCUGGCCGGUGCCGGUGACGCCGGUGACGCCCGGGGCACGUCAGAUGGCGGCAGCGGCGACGAGGGCGGUGAGGCUGAGGCAGAGGUGCAGCAGCAGGCGCGUGGAGAAAUCCUGUGCGAGCCGGCGGUCAAGUCCGAGCAGGCGUUGGUGCCGCCUGCAUCCGGUGCGCGCGAGCGUGCGGCGUGCCAGGUCAAAUGCGAGGAGGCUGUAGGCGAGGCUUGGCUGGCAUCGGAGCAGGCGGCAGAGGGAGUCACUGCCGGGGCUGCGGCGGCGGGUUGUGCCAAGCCCGAGCCGGCACAUGCCGGCCAGGCUGAUGGAUGGGACUUUGGUCCCCGGCGUGCGGCGGCGCUGGCAGCCAUGCGCGCUGCCGCUAACGCGGCCCCCGCUGUGGCAUCGACUAUUAUGGCAAACGCUGGUGCUGGAGGCAGUCAAGCCGCAGGCGCCCCGUCUAGGGCGGAGGAGGCAGCUGGGCUGUGCGUGCGGCUGUCGGCUUCGAUGGAGGAGGAGCGGCUGGCCUGUAUGGCUGCUGCGGCGGCCGGAAACAAGCGCUGCAGCGACGCAGACCUCGACUCCCCGCGGCGGCCGUCGCUGGACGAGCACCGAACUUCGCGUGAUGACGGAGGCAUGCGGUCUGGCAGCAGGGGCGCAACGUCAUCGCCGCGCACCUCCGGGCCUGCAAUGAACAGUGCUACAACCAGUGGUGCAGCCGGCGAUGCCGCCCAAGGACGGGGUGAAGACGGCCUUGCUGUCGCUCCCGGCAUUGACGCAUCCUACCCGUCACCCCCUCCGGCUCCACUCAAAACACAGCCAGGAGUAGAGAAGCCGCAUGCACCUUCAGGAGGCCCCUCAGGCCAUGACAAUCUCAACGCGGUGGCAGCUGAUACCGCCGAUAUUGCCGAGGCCCCAGCAGUCGGCAAAGCUGCUGCGACGGAGCUGCCUGCGCCCCACGGCAGUCGCAAGCGGCCUUCCUCGGAUGCAUACGGGCGCACAGCGGACGAGGCCGGGGCUCCGGAACAGGAACACCAACAGCGGCCGCGCUGCGCGCCGCGCCGCGACGCCGACAAGGCCACUGCCGUUCCAGCCGGCAUGUCCUUGAACGGCGAGUCAUGGCCCGCCGCCGGCAGCCAUGCCGCCCACAGCCACAGCUAUCGCCACGCCAGCCGUUCGCCCAAGCCCUGCACGUCUGAGACGCAGCAGCAAGCCGCAGCGGGUGCUGCAGGUGCUGCUGGCACUGCGGGCGGCCCCGUCAGCCAAGUCGCCGCAGCCCUCAGCCCCUCCUCUGCCGCGAGCAUAGCCGCCCUGGCGGUGGACCCCACUGCCAGCUUCGCUGCGGCGGCAGCUGCAGCUGCGUCCAUGUGGCCCUUUGGCCUGCCACUGCCCAUGGCCGCGGCGAUGAACCCAAUGGCGCUGCCGGCGGCUGCGAUGAGUGCGAUGGGCAUGGGAGCGAUGGGUGCGAUGAGUGCGGUGAGCGCCAUGCAGCUGCAAAUGGCUAUGAGCGCCAUGGGUGCCAUGGGCGCCAUGGGACUGAACCUGGCGGCCGCGGCAGCGGCCGGCGGUGGCGUGCCCCUGGGCGUGAGCCCCCUGGCCGCCGGCGCCAUGGUGGCACGCACCCAGGAGCAGCAGCAGCAAGUGGAGCAGCAGGAGCAGCAGGAGCAGCAGCGGCAGCAGCAAGAGCAGGAGCAGCAGCGGCGUGAGGCGCGGCGGUUGGAGAAGGUGCGGCUGCGGGACAGUGCAAGUGCGACGCCGUCCGCAGCCGCGACGGCUUCCAAGGAGGUUAGACCUGUACCGGAGCCAGGAGGCAUCGCGCAUGCACCCACAACCACCGGGAGCCAGGAGCGUUUGGCACCCGGCCCCCGCCCGUCGCCAAGCCCGCAGCCCAGUCCCAGCCCCGCGCCCCAGCGCAACUCGCCUGUGGCAACAGGAACAACAGCCACGAGCGGCAGUGCGGCUACAGCGACACCUGUUGGCGAGAUGGCGGCGCCGCGCGUGAGCAAGGGCACCACGCUUGCGCCGUCACCUGCGCCGGUGGCGGCGCCGGCAUUCACUGCUGCGGCCAUGCCCGCCGUAUCGCCGUUCAGCGGUCCGGCACAGCUGCCGCUGCAGAUGUGGCCGGGCGGCCCUGCAGCAGGUGAUGCGCUCUCGUUCGGCGGCCUGUCUCUCAUGCUGCUCGCUGCACAACAGCACCACCACCAGCAACAGCAGGCUGCCGCAGCGGCUGUGGUGGCCACGGCAGCGGCAGCGAUGGCUUCUCCCACUGCGUCCGCCGCAACCCUGUCCGCUGGCGCGUCAGGCCGGACUUCCUCAGGCCUGCUGCUACCACCGGUGCCGCCCUUGCUGCCGUCUGCGAGCGGGCCCGCAGCUCUCCCCGGCCUGGCACAUCAGAGCUCUGCGGGCAUGCUACUGCCGCAGAGGUCGGGCUCUACCAGUGCGCUGGUGGGCCACCAUGUGUGCGCGGCCGCAACCACGACAGACGCCGCGGGCGCUGCCCCACCAGCUGCCCAUGCCGCGUCUGGCGACGCCAGUGCAGGUGGAGCCGGCGGCCCGGCCGUUGCGCUCACGUCGGCGGCGUCUGGCGGCCUGGCGGCUGCAGCUGAGCCGCACCCGCUGGCAGCUGUGGGCCCUGCGCUGCAGCACCUGGUGGUGCAGUCGCGGCUGCGGCACCAGGCGGCGGAGCUGUCCGCGGCGGCGGCGCUGGCGGCCACGCUCGCCGGUGUUGCGCCGAGGCCGAACGGCCCUACUGCCGGCGGCGCGUCGGGUGGUGCUGGCCUGAGGUAGUUGCUAACACGGGUACGCAGCGUGCUUUGGGAGUGUUGCCUACAGUUCACUUGCAAGGCUGGUGGAGUCGGAGAUCCAGGCGCCGCACAUGCCUUGGCGAGCAUAAUCCUUACAGCGGCGCCUAUAGCAGCAGCAUUGAAAGGUCUUGUUAGUUAUCAGCAUUGUCGUAAUUGGCGCGGGCACACGAGCAUGUAGAUGAUGGCCUGACGGCUUGCGCAGCGCGCUUCCCUGGCUUCCCUAAAGUUUGCAUACGUGUGAUGGUGUUGACACGAAGCUGAGCCGGAAGCGUCGAAGUCUGAAUACUCAUGGGGUUCUUUGCGCCGUGUGUGUGUGGGUGGCUGGGUAGGUGCCGGCUAUGAAGUCGGUCAUCCACGACGUGCUAAUUGGCGUUGGUGCGAAUAUUGUUGUGCUGGAUGGUUUGUGAUUCUGGUCACUGUGCUAGCGCUGCGAGACGUUGUCGUCCGCAUCUUGUUUGUAGGGUGAUGCUACUAUUGUGUGCGCUGGGACUCUGCUUGUUUGCCGGGAGUCAGCUGCCAGGUAUUGAUUAGAGCGUGUCGCAGGGCUUGGUUUGCGUGGGCGUGGGGUCUGUGUAGCGAGCGGAAGCUUUGUGACGGUACUUGCUGUGCCGCAUGCCCAGUGCAGUCGUGUCAACUCCGCGGUACUUUCCGUUAUGGAUUGGGUCGCAUUGACCCUCAGCCCCAACUCAUCCGCUGCGUGUCUAGUGCGGUCCUUCGCUAAUCUCGCACGAUUGCCGGACGCCAUGAUUGGCAAGACACACAAACCACCUUGCCAUGAUGGUCUUACGUUUGGGUGGCAUCCUGUGCUUGACUAAGCCGCUUCGUCGUUGUGUGCGUGGCUGUGUGAAUGAGAGGGGUUGGGCGUGUGUAUGGUGUCUAUGGUGAUUGCGGCAGCGGGUGUAGAUACCCGACGCAGACACGCAUGUUGCAAGCAACAUCUCAUAACACACAACUGUCACAUCGGAAGCCAGUACGGGCCUGGCUGUGUUGGCUCUGAUGGCCACUGCGGUUCUGGACGGGAUGUUGAGGGCGGUCCAUAGCUGGAUCAACAAUGGUAGGGACUUGAACGCCGGGCGCGUGUGCAACAUGGGUACCUGUUUUGCGUUUGUGUCUUCCAAGUAGCAGAGCGAUGGAGAGCGCAUAAACCCGACAGGAAUAUGCCUACAGGGGCGAUGGCGCCAAACAUUUGAUAGUGUUGGCGCCAUGCACGGCGGGAGUGAGAGAGACGAGUUUGUCUGGGUCAAGGUCCGUUCAAUGUCUGGAGUCUGGUCGUGAAAUUGACAGUGUAGUUCGUUCGAGAUGCCGUUACGUUUGAAGCCAUAUUCUACCCGAAAAUCUUGAGGAGAUGCCUACAGGGGCCGACCACUUGCGCCCUGCAUCUCAAAUGCCUAUUGUUUUGAGCGGAGUCCUGGGUACGUGUGUGGCCGGGGGGCCCUGGUGUUCACCCGGUGGGGCCUUGCCGCGGCAGCGCAGCGAGAGCUUGCGGACCCCCAUGCAGGCACGGUAGCGGUGUGUAUAAGCUGGUGCUACAUGGAGCAUGCGGCUUGCGCGGCAUGUUCCAUACGCAACGGCGCGCGCUGCUGCGCUUGCUGGCAUGCUGGGAGACGGAGCGGGGAAGUAGCUAUUAAGUAGAGGGUGGGCCUCCGCAGGCCUCCAAUAUUUUUGAGUUGUAGUUCCCAAAAAGUUUGUUUGGGCUAUCGCAUAUACAUAGGUUUUGCACUGGUUGGAUAGGGGAGGGCGGAGGGCGGCAUGACGUGGCGGAUGAGGUCUAGCCGUCAAGGUCGGCGCCGUCAAGGUUGGUGCCGUCAAGGUUGGUGCCGUCAAGGUUGGCGCGCAUUGCCGAUGGCCCGGGCGGUUUGUCUGGCGGGUGGCAAUCGGUGACGGUGUUUGCCACUCCGGAAGAGUGAUGAGACGUGGGCUCCCAAGGCUGUUGCACCAGCGGGUGCGGGGACAGACAACUGGGCGAAGAAUCACAGGCUGGGACGGAAAGCGAGCCACGAGGCGGAAGAAGGAUGCGGUGACCCGGAUGAAGUGUUAAUCUUGGCAGCAUGCGCGUGAAGGUGUGGUCAAAGCGUCGUGUGCUGCGCGGGUGUGCCCUGCGCAAAGGCACCCUGUGUUGUUCCCAGCCCUUGCAGCGGGCCCAAGCUGACGUGCACGUCGGUAUAACAUCCGUGCAGGCGCACAAAAAGAGGCCCCUAAUUUAAGAGUCGCACAACUGUAACAUAAUGUCGGU